CACAGGAAGAGAGAGAGUGUGCACACACUGGAGUGAGAAAGCCAGAGAGGACACACACAAUCUGGUUCUGUUCCUGAGCUUCCUGAAGCAGAAUGAAAGAUACUUGGUGCCUUCAGAUCUCCAGUAUGUUCUUGGCCUGGUCUGUGGUAUCAGGACAUCCCUGCAACAUUGAUGAACAUGGAUGGGCUGCCUGCAGUGGGAAGAACCUUCUCCAUGUUCCAAAUACCCUUCCCAGGGACAUCACCAACUUGGACCUGUCUUUCAAUACUUUGAUAAUGCCCAGACAUGGAACCUUUCUGAGCAGCUUCCCUCUUCUACAUUCCCUAAACCUCUCCAGCAAUACCAUCCCUACUCUCUAUCCUUGGCUCUUUUGUAAUCUUGAGACUCUCCAGAUAUUGGAUAUAAGCAACUGCAGCAUUUCCCAUGUGCACCGAAACAGCUUCCGGGGUUUGAAAAACCUUCACACGCUACUCCUGAAGAACAACAAACUUCAGUUUCUGGACUUCUCCAUCUUCUCUGCCUCCAGGGCCCUUGUCCAUCUAGACUUGCAAAACAAUGAGCUGCCUUAUACAGAAGAGCUUGCUAUGUUUGCUGUGCAAAGAAGAUGCCAUAUCAAUCUGCGAGGGAACUUGUGGGUAUAUAAGGGCUCAAGCACUCCUUUCCAGCAAGUGCAUAGAGAAGAUAAGCAGACCUUACCUGUUUCACACCUGGAACUACAGGUUCAAGAGAUUAGAAUGUUGGACUUUCAGGACCUGGGCCAGAAAGGAAAACUUCGGGUUCCUCGGGAUGAAGGGUCAGCACCUAGUCAAGCCUCAACAGAGAAUGGGACAUUGACUGCCACACCACUACCAGUGAAGACUGGGAGAAGCUGGCCCUAUUUUGCUGGAUUUGUGCUUUUGGCUAUUGGUAUUUCCAUUGUGGUUGCAUUGGUUGCCAAAUGUAAAUUAAUGCAGAGGAACCGCACCAGCUACCAACAUCAACGGCUGCCUGAUUCCCGUUCCCUUGGAAGCACCCAUGCUGAGGAAGUUGAUGUGGAGGUGGCAUAUGCGAGGAACCAGAUGAUGGGUGGAGCAGUUGCCUGUCUUCCAGAAGAUGAUGAUGGCUUCAUUGAGGAUAACUACAUCGAGCCCAAUCGAGAUUUACAAGAAGAGGAAGAGGAGGAAGAAAUGGAAACAGGAAAAGAGGAACCAGAGCCACAUUUCAAACUCUAGGUCUGUUAGGAAUCAAGCUCCCGCUUUUCGUACCUCCCAGUAUGUGAUAAGCAAUUUUCUACUCCAUUUUCUAAGAGGAGCCAGUGAUUUUAUUAGUUUCUCUUUCCCAUUUUUUUUACUUUAAUCCACCUCACUUAACAGCAAGAAUCGCCUUACCAGCCAUUGUCUUUGCCGAAAGUUGUCUGUUCUCUAAAGUGAAGUACAUAGGAAUGCUGUGCAUUAUAUUGAGUCAGAUAAUGAGUUCAUCUAGAUCAGCUUUGACAGCUCUGACUGGUAGCAUUUCUUCAGGGUUUCAAGCAAGAUUCUUUCCUAGUUCUGCUUGGAGAUUCUUGGCAUUCCUUGGUGGCCUUCCACCCAAGUACUAACUAGGCCGAAGCUGCUCAUCUUCCAAAAUUAGCUGAGAUUGAAUGUGUUCAGGCUAGGAUGGUGGAGCUACCUAUAGAUAGGUAAUGUCUCAGUACCUUUCAUUUGUGUAGCCCCUGGUUACUCUUAUGUUAUACUCCCAUACAAGUGUCCAUAAGCUUGUAGUCAUAGACUACUGACAAACUCAUAUAAUUUUAUUAGGAAGCCCAGUCUCCUAAUAAAGGAAUUUUAAAAAAUAAUAAGAAAGCACGAACAAACAGCAUAUGAGGUAAAAUGCAAGAUGCUUGAGGGCACUGUCUAGACUUUCCUUAAAGCACAGGAUGGAGAUUGAGAAGAAUGACGAGAAAGAGGCAGCUAGUCAGCUGUCUCGCCCCAUGUUUCUUGAUGGCCUGUCCAGCCCAUGUCAAUGUUCUUCAUUUUACCUUAACUCUAGACAUGGAAUGAUGUCCAGAAAUGGCUUAGGGGGCUGUUGGAGUGGAGAUUGCAAAAAAAGGGUGCCCCAUGAUGCCAACAUGUGGGAGGGAGAGGCUGUGUUAGGUAUAUAGGUUUAUUGCAGUGUGUAUUCUGCUCCAGGUCUCAUUUAUAGCCAAAACCUUUGAGUGCUAUCUGUGGCAUAGGAGAGGCAAACUACUUUGUUUGCAGCUCUUGGCCAUUUUGGCCAGAAUACUUCCAAAACAGGAGAGACUAAAUAUCAAGGACUUUGACACAGGUAGCACAAUGUGUAACUCCUACCUGCUGCAACCACCAGCAUCACUCGUGAUAGCCACACCACACUCCUUAGGCUGAGGUUGAGUGGAGGGAGGUAUGUUUCCCUGUCUUGGAAACCGACUCUUUAGCAAAGGGAGAGUACUUGAGGCUAGCUUCUGUCUGAAGAAUCUUUGCAUUAAAAAGACAAUGUUAAUGAGCCAGAAAGUUUUGUGCACCCUUGGCUGCACCCUGUGCAUGCAGGUUUUGCCUAUUGACUGUGUAAUGCAGUAUUUCUUUCCCUCUGUAUAUGCAAUUUUUAUACCUUUACAUAACCUUUCCUGUUUAUGCUUCAUAAAAUUGAUUUAGCUGUUUCCCUGUGGUGAGAAAUCUGCAGUGCCUUUAUGCAGAGAACUGUAGCAGCAUUUCUUAUGAGCUUUUCUUUAUUCUUCUCACUGAUAACUAGAGCUUUGUUUGAUUGACAGUUGGCCAUUUGCAUUGUUUGAUCAAGUGCUCAGAUCCAAGAGCAAACAGCUUGCUAUGUGUUUGUUGCAAUGUAGCCAGAUACCAUUGCAUCAAGAGUCCUUUCAGAGGGUCUGUCUAUGCACAUGCUAGCACAGCUAUUUCCCUCUGUGCUUCUGUUGCAAUAAUAGGCCUUUUUGCAAGCACUGAGAUUGCCAUUUUCUAAAAUUUCUUGGAGACACGCGAGUCUCCUUUUUUUCCGUUUCCAUUCCAUUUUCAAGUUGGAGGGCUGGUGGCUUGCCUUUUCAUA